GGAUAAUAUGUGCGUCACGACACGUCAGCCCCAGCAUCUUCCUCUAGCCCUGGUCCACACUCAGCCCCUUCCAUGUAGCGGGGAGACCGAGGAGAACGCACCGAACUGCCUGGGGUGUAUGGACACCAUGCCCACCCAUCGCCACCUGCUGCCCCGCAACUUCAGCUGCACCGCAGUGCUAUAUGGAGAGAGCCCAGAGACGCCCGAGGACGAGGAUGUCCCCGAUGGGGAAGAAGCGCUGGAAAAGAGCAAGGAGCCCAGCAAACCCGUCACUCGGGGCAGAGAGGUCAACAUAGUGCCGCAGAGUCCCACCGCACGCCGGAGAGCCAAGUCCCUGCCCACACCUGCCGAGCGCAGGCACCUGGAGGUGGUGGCCCCAAGGAAGAAGGAGGUGAGGUUUGCAGAUUCCCUAGGACUGGAGCUCACCUCGGUUCGGCAUUUUAGCGACGCCGAGAUGCCCCGGGUUCCCUAUCACGUACUGGCCGGGCUUCGCUGCAGGGAAACGUGCCCCGCGGGGGCUGAGCUUAGCACGCUCUUAUUCCGCCCAAUCCCCGGCUCCGCCCACCUGGAGCCUCUCUUUACGAACCCAGUCACCAGACCGGAUUACCUAGAGCUGCUUAGACAGCGCAGGGUAUGCUUGGAGACUCUGCACACAGACCCUUUCAGCAUCAGUGGAGACCUAAGAGUCCUCAAUUUGUCUUAUGAGAAGGAGGUGGUGGUCAGGUACACUGUGGACACUUGGAAAACCUCCAGCGAAGUGAUCGCUGGCUAUCAACGGGGGUUUAGCGAUCGGUACACCGACCGCUUCUCCUUUAAGCUGCUCUGCCCGAUGCUGCUGAAUAAAGAUGGGAUGCUGGAAUUCGCCAUUCGCUACCGGGUGUGCGGGACUGAUUACUGGGACAACAACGACGGCGAAAAUUACAAGGUGAAGGGUCACAGGGCCACGGUAUCUCCGCUGAAGGAGUACGACAGCGCCUGGAUCCAUUUCAUUUAGCAGCAUGGAGAGCCCAGGAAGGCUCAAGAUCAGCUGGCCUUCAGAUUAGUAGUCCAUGUGCCACGGGGCCACAAGGAAGAAGUCUCCAGACACGUGUGUGGUCAAUGAGGUGGACGACAAGGAUCCAAUGAACGAUUCACCUACGCUACUGUAAUAAUUAGUCUAGUGAAACAAGGCAUUCGUUAUAUGAUAAUAG